AUGAAAGCAAUCCUAGUAUUAUCUAUUUCAUUAAUGAUGUUGAACUCAUAAUUUAUAAAGACAACCCCUUCCAUUCCGUGUGAUUCAAGUAUCUACUUACUACCAGAUAUAUAUUAUGUCAAAGGAAGUGCAUCAACUAUUGUAGAGCCAACCUAAGCAGUAGUAACCUUAGAAAUAGAAGUCAAAGACUUGAAAGCUCAGGUUGCCCUGCAGCAAGCAGCCUAAAUUGCUGACGAUGCAGUUAAAGCCAUUAAAGAGAAUUGCUAAGGAGGAUUGAAGAUUCAAACAGCAGAUUUUGCCAUUCAACCACAUAAAGAAUACAGCCAAAACUAACCAUAUGCUGUGAUCUAUUCAGGCUUCAAAGUAAUAAAUAAAAUCACAGUAGAAACUCUAAAUACCAGUGAUGUUGGAAAGAUCAUUGAUGUUGCAGUGAAAAACAAGGUAAAUAAAGUGAAUGGAAUUCAAUUUGAUGUGAGUAAAGAUGAGAAGAAAAGGUUAAAGAAUUUCUUAGUUGAAUUAGCCAUUGAAGAUGCCAAACAUACAGCUAAUGUGGUGUUGAAGGAAUUGAAAAUGAGAAUUGAAUCGAUCAAAUCUGUCCAACUCUUGGAGAAUUAUGGAUCAGAAACUAAAACUAAGAUGGAGUAAUAGGUGAAUGUAGGAUUUGUGAUUAAACCGAUUGAUUGA